GUUUAUGGACACAUAUAGACACAUAUAUACAUUAUUUCGACUUUAAAGUGUGGCGUUUACGCUGUAAACCGGCGAAGUGACUUCGACCGUCAUGUUCCUUCUCGGCCACCGUACAUCGCAUGGCCGACAGGGAUAAUGUUGAAGGUGAACGGUCGUGUUAUGCGGGGAGUCCUGGGUCUGUUUCCCUUCACCGUCCUAGCCUCUACCACCGACGGUCAGAAGGAGCCCCCGGCUCCACCGACGCUGCUGCCCCUGGAUGAACUGUCCCUCUACACCGCUCCGCCUCAACCCUCGCCCGGCGCCGAGGAGCGCGACACGGGGGAACUGGAGAAGAGUGUCGCCACCAUGCGGAAGUUAGCGGAGCCGUACACCGGCUGGUGUCAGGAAACUUAUGGCAAAAUUCAACCAAAAGUUCACAAAGUCCUUCAGUGCGGGAACGACACCUACGUGUACCUGAAGAACCCGCCUAAGGACUUCUAUCCCCGGGCAGGAGUCAUCGGCUUCACCGGUGUUUUGGGGCUGCUGCUGGCCAGAGGCUCCCGGCUGAAGAAGCUCCUGUACCCGGGUGCUCUGAUGACCCUGAGCGCCUCUCUGUAUUACCCGGAGCGGGCCGCCUCCAUCGCCAGGUCCGCGGGAGAUUCCGUGUACGAGCGCGCCGUCCAGGGAUACGCAACUUUGGAGAAGAUGUUGAGUCCGAAGAAGAAAAAUGAAAAAGUCCCGGAGUCGGAGAGUAAAUCGUGAGGAGAGAGAGAGAGAGAGAGACUACUGCAGCCAUGGAGCUAUAAGAAACUAAUCAGUGUGGAGCUUUUUUUUAUCUGACAGCUAGAGUCUGUAUAUAAGAAGUGGACGUAGUGUUGACAGUCAGCCACCAGGGGGCGUUUUUAGUCACAAAACGAUAUAAACAAACGUAAAAAUGCUUUUACCUCAUCUUCAAGUUUUCAUGAAGAGUUGAUGGUGUCUGUCCACGGCAGUGACUUCGUCCCAGUUCUUAUGUACCGUCGGUUGGUGUGACUUUAAACCGUGUGACUUUCUCUGCCCUCUCUUUGCACUAAUGAGCUUCACAUGUAUCUCAGGCCUGGCAUGACAACUGACUCACUGCUGUCCCUAAUCAGAAUGUCUAUUUAUUUUCUAAAAAGUGAGCCGUCCGAUGUUAAAAAAAAAAAAAAACAAA